AUGCACUAAAAUUCCUUUAACCCCUUCAUGCCUGAGGGUUAAAACAAAUCUAAAAUGCCUAAGCACAAUUUUGCAAUGUUGACCAGUGUUCGUAAAACCGUCCGUAUCAUCACAACUACUUCGUACAUCCAGGUGGAUUAUACCGUGAUUUUUUUUUCAGGACAGAUUGGGCUUUCAUUUGGUGGUAUAAAUGGUAAUGGAUAUCUCCUGAUUUUUGUUUUUUUUUUUAUUAUCAAAGGAAAACUGGCCCAAAAUAGUAUUUUUCUUUAUUUUUUUUUUUUUUUUUUU